UCCUUCCUUGACCUUGGCUGAAGUGCCACUGUUGAACAAGGCACCUAACCCCAUAUUGCUCCAGACACCCAAUGCCCUGCAAAUAAUAACUGUGAGUUGCUUUGGAUAAACGUGUCUGUAUGUAUGUAGUAAUGUCACCAUAUGUUACUAAUGAUACCUCUGUGAUAUUACCUCUAAGAAUCACGGCUGGUUUACACAUUAGUGAAUAGACCUAAACAGGGAUUUCUCAUGUUUCAUCCUAUGGAUGAUGUUCUCAUCAUAACGGCACCCGCAAACCAGAAAUAAAAUGUGUUGUUAAAGCAUGCAAUAAACUGCGUUGAAUGCGCAUGGCACUGCGCCACCCUUCCUUCCUCGGCCUCCCGCUGUGGGAGAGCACAGUCCUGCCACGACGUUGCCUACUCAGCCAGGCUGCCUAUUCAACACCACACAAACACGAAAAACCCUCUCCUUCAUUCGGCAGCAGUUCCAAUGCAGCACCACUCCGUCGGAUCUCCAAGCUCCGCGUCUUUGCUCUCCAUCUCCUCUCUCGACACCAGAGAGAAAAUCUCGCGUUGCUGCACGGUCGUCCUUCUCUCUCACACACACAUUCACGCUCGCUCACUACUACCACCCAGAUCUCCCCCUCCCUUUCCUCCGCUGUCUCUAUCUCUCCCUCUCCUUUUUGAGUAGACGAGAUCUCCUCACGAAACCUGAGCGAGGCAGUCACCAAAAAACGAGAGGCGAUAUCUCUCUCUGCACAACAUGGCUACUAUUGUAACCUGUACACGGUUCACGGAUGAGUAUCAGCUAUAUGAAGAACUCGGAAAGGGUGCCUUUUCUAUCGUUCGACGAUGUGUCAAGAAAAACACUGGACAGGAGUAUGCAGCAAAAAUUAUCAAUACGAAAAAGCUGUCAGCCCGGGAUCAUCAGAAGCUGGACCGAGAGGCACGCAUCUGCCGUCUACUGAAACAUCCCAACAUCGUUCGACUGCACGACAGCAUCUCGGAGGAGGGCUUCCACUACCUGGUGUUCGACCUGGUGACUGGAGGAGAGCUGUUUGAAGAUAUCGUCGCUCGGGAGUACUACAGUGAAGCUGAUGCCAGCCACUGCAUCAAUCAGAUCCUGGAGAGCGUGAGCCACAUUCAUCAGCACGACAUUGUGCACCGGGACCUCAAGCCAGAGAAUCUGCUCCUGGCCAGUAAGAUGAAGGGAGCAGCAGUGAAGCUGGCAGACUUUGGCCUGGCCAUCGAAGUACAAGGGGAGCAGCCUGCAUGGUUUGGGUUUGCGGGCACUCCUGGCUACCUCUCCCCUGAGGUCUUAAGAAAGGACCCCUAUGGCAAGCCUGUGGACAUCUGGGCCUGUGGUGUGAUCCUCUACAUCCUGCUGGUGGGCUACCCUCCCUUCUGGGACGAGGACCAGCACAAGCUCUACCAGCAGAUCAAAGCCGGCGCAUAUGACUUCCCCUCUCCUGAGUGGGACACGGUGACUCCUGAGGCCAAGAACCUCAUCAACCAGAUGCUGACCAUCAACCCUGCCAAGAGGAUCACCGCCGACCAGGCGCUCAAGCACCCAUGGGUCUGCCAACGUUCCACAGUGGCCUCCAUGAUGCAUCGCCAGGAGACGGUCGAGUGUCUGCGAAAGUUCAACGCCAGGAGGAAACUCAAGGGGGCAAUUCUUACAACUAUGCUGGUGUCCAGAAACUUCUCAGUGGGCCGGCAGCACACCAGCCCUGCCUCUGCCACCACCAGUACCGCUUCUCUGGCACAGGAAGCAUGCAAAAGUUUACUGAACAAAAAAACGGACGGAGUUAAGCCACAGACAAACAACAGUAAAAACAGUGUAGUCAGCAGUACCAGCAGCACCAAAGACAACAGCAUAUCAUCUUCUGCACCAAUGGAACCCCAGACCACAGUCGUGCACAACCCAGCAGAUGGCACCAAGGGCUCGGAGGAGAGCUGUAACACCACUGAAGAGGAGGACAUGAAAGCUCGCAAACAAGAGAUCAUCAAGAUCACCGAACAGCUGAUUGAGGCCAUCAACAAUGGAGACUUUGAAGCCUACACGAGAAUCUGUGACCCGGGCCUGACCUCCUUUGAGCCGGAGACGCUGGGCAACCUGGUGGAGGGCAUGGAUUUCCACAAGUUCUACUUUGAGAACCUGCUGAGCAAGAACAGCAAGCCGGUGCACACCACCAUCCUGAACCCGCACGUGCACCUGAUCGGGGAGGACGCGGCGUGCAUCGCCUACAUCCGGCUGACGCAGUACAUGGAUGGCCAGGGCCGCCCGCGCUCCUGCCAGUCAGAGGAGACGCGCGUCUGGCACCGCCGCGACGCCAAGUGGCUCAACGUGCACUUCCACUGCUCUGGGGCGCCCGCCGCACCGCUGCAGUGAGCACACACACACCGCCUCAGCUUGCCUGAAGUCUGAAGCAAAUUUGGGAGCAUUUCUUCUCCGUGGUGGUCUUGGACGCCGGAGGAGUCUGGCUGGAAGAGACCUCUUGAAGAUUUGGAAACCACACAAAGGGAUACAUAACCAAGAUGAAAAAGAAAAAACAGCAUAAAUAUAUAUAUAUAUUUAAAACCCGCCCGGCCCGGCCCAGCCCGGCUCGGGCAAUACCACCACCACUACUACUACCACAACCUCCUGUAGAGUCCCCUCGUGCCCCCUCUCCGUCUCCUACACAGGGUGGCACAGGGAUGCCUGGGACUCUCCUAGUCUUCUGGAUGGUGCAUGCUUCUGCUAGCCCCCAAGGGGGCGCUGUCUUGUCCUUUUCUUCAUCUUUAUUUUUAUUUGCCUGUUGUUCUGAGAAGUUUAUUUUUCUGCUUUUGUUUACUUUGGGGUUUUUUGUUUGUUUUUGUUGUUUUUGUUGUUGUUUUUUAUAUAUAUAUAUAAAAGGGUGUUUCAAAGUAUUAACGUGUGCAACCUGUAUGGAAUUUUUUUUGUCUGCAACUUCUCGUCAAAUCCAGAGGACUGAAAAAGUAUGUAAGGGUCAAGUGCAGUUCAGAAAUGUGAAUGGUGUUCCUUUAUUUGUUUUUUGUUUUUGUUUUUUAAGAGCACACACCUGCAGUAUGGUAUUGAUUGGUGAUGUGAGAGCUCAUUUGUUGCUGUUGUGUAAUUGAAUCUUAACAUGAUUAUUCUUUUGUAUGCAGAGAUAAUGGGGCCUCCAGGGGGGAAAGGGGAUGGAGACUAAACUAUGUCCAACUAAUAUCAGCAGUCAAGAGCACCAAAGUGUAGAGUAGUCAAACUUUAGACAUUGAAGAGAUGUUUUAGCUUUUUGGUGGGUAGGGAAGGUUUGGAAUGGAAUGUGGGAGUGUUUUUUUUGUUUGUUUGUUUGUUUUUAAGUAUUCUCUCAUGUUUUUGUGAAACUCUUGUUUUUUUAUCUCCUGAAUGAUGCUGUAUUGAAAGUAUUUUGCGUUUAACAGAAUUGUUUUUAAAGGGUUUUUGGGGUGGGUGGGUCACUCAUCAGGGGCUUUAUUUAACAUAAUGUAUACAUAGAUAUUUAUACGGAGGUUUUGAAAAAAAGUAUUUGGCGUCAGGCUAUAGGCAGCGAAAUCGUGUGCAGUGCAUCAGAGGGAGUCAGUUGUGUGUCUGAGAAACGGAGCAGGGGAGAGCGUUUGUUAUUCAGCUCAUAGCUGGCAAGGUUGUGCUUUUCCUUUUUUUAAAUUCAGAAUUCCCUUUCCUCUUUUUUUUCUCUUACCACCUCCGUUGCGCACACGGGAGCCAGACGCCAUUAGCGGAUGGAUCUGAUAGGCUGAGGCCCACUCCUGCUCCAGCCCACUCUUACUCUCCUGUUCCUUUAACCACCAAUUUCCUCCGUUCUUCCUCCUUUCCUGGGUGUCCAAAACCUGAAGUUGCAGAAUAAUCACCAGUUAUGUAUGUUGUGACUUUCCCCUCUCUCUCUCUUUCUCUCUCUGUUUUUUUUAGUUCACUGUUACUGCCUCCAGAGCAUUAGGGGGCGAUAAACAUAAUGACGAGGACCACCACUCCCAUGAGUACUCCUGCACACAGGCACUGAUUUCCAAGCCCUUUUUUGAAAAAAGAAAAAAAAAACUAGUGUAUUUUUAUUUUUAUUUUUUUUGUAUAGUCUAUGAAGCAUGUUUGGUUGGUUGGUUGUUCGGUUUGUCGUCACGCGGUGUGGGCGGGGGAGGGGGGUGGUCUGGGGUGUUGAGUGGAGGAGGGAUGGCCUGCACUGUUUUUGCACAUAAGCUUAGGACUCUAUGCUGUUCUGUUCACACCACAGUGGACUCUCUCUCUCUCUCUCUCUCUCUCUCUCUCUCUCUCUCUCUCUCUCUGCAACUUCAGGUUGUACCUUCCGGGUCAUGCCCCUCCACCCCCUCUCGCUCUCCCUCUUUCUCUUUCUCUUUCUCACGCACACACUCUUUACUUUCACUUUUUGAAAUGUCAGGAGAGAGACCCUUACAUCCAGCCCGUAGCUAAGCUAAGCUAAGCUAAGGAGGCCUAACUCCGUAGUGUUCGUCCUCCCCCACACUUUGCCUGUCCAGUGUCCUCAAAGUGUCCUGUUCUGAAAUUGUGUCGUCUUUUUGUUGUCUACUUCCUACGAGCCUGUUCCCUUGCCCCACUCCCUCGAACUCUUAUGCUGUUUGUCGUUUCUUUGUAGCAAGAUUGUGAGGAGAAGGCAGAAGAAGCACAUGGGAUGCUAGGGGUAUGUUGACGGAUUGAUCACAUGACCCACUAACUGCCAUAUGAUUGGUGGCGGUAGCCAGGGCAGUGGGCAGAAGGAUAAAGGGUGAAACGAACCCAAGACUGAGGAAGUCUAAAGCUGAAGGCAAUCGGGAGGUUUGAUGAUCGUGAUGUUUUGUUUGAUUGUUUGUUUGACGUUUUUUCCGUUGGUGAAUGUUCGUUCUUCCCGUUGGUGUUUUGUGGUGUUGGUGUCAAGUGAGGCGACUCUGGUCUUUGUUAUGGGAGGAGCUGUACAUAAAAUCACGAGGUGAUGCCUACCAGAGAGAUGAAGCCAAUCAGUCAAACCCUCCACCCCCCUCUCUCUCCGUACACACCUUUGUGCUUGCACUUACACACUUAAACACAAUCGCACACACACUUUCUAGACACUUUUUACACAUCAAACUGGUGAAAUGUUUAUGUUCGUAACUGACACAUGAAGUUACACAAGUGGAUUUAGAGAGGCGUACACAUAAACAAACACACACACACACACACACACACACACACACACACACACACACACACACACACACACACACACACAGGUGGAUUUAGAGAGGUGCGCACACACUCUGUACACGCACACACACAUGUGCAAUGAGCUCCCUUUAAACUAAGAACAUAUCUGUGUGUCGAUGGUGUAACAAUUUCAGCACUGUAUUUCUUUCUCACUGUGUUCUAGUAGAAACUGUUCUGUGUGUAACUGUGUGUGAUGCAGAGGGGCCGGGAUUGCCUUGUGGCCCUUGCUGAUGUUCGUGUCGAGGCGUUAGUGCUUUGUUCCAUAGUGUUCCUCAAUACAGGGCAGAGAGGAGAUUAGGGGGAAAAAAAUAAGGAAUUCACUUUCAGGAGAGAACAAAAAAAUAACAACUGUGGUCUACCUGGGGGGGCUUUUAAGAUUUUUAUUUUAAAAAGAGUUGAAGUCCAAAUUCUGCCCCCCCCCCCAGUUCUCUUUACACGUGUUGUUCAUUGGUGAGCCCCACCCACCCGAGCCCCUGUCCACUUUACCCACGAUG